GGGUCCGGUCACGUCUGUGACAGCCCAAAUCGUUGUCAAAAUCCCCAGUUUUGAAUUUGGCGCGGUUGCGCCGCUGCGCGCGAUUCCGCACUUAUCAGCUGUUCAAUACAAUAUGGACGUGUAGUGGUGUUGGUGUUUGUUUGGAAAAGCAAGGUCAGCCUUUGUGUGAGAAAUAAGAAGAAAGUCGAAGUAACAAGUUGUAAAUCUUUCAGAUCGCGUCGUAGUUUUAGUGUUUUUCGAUAAAAACCGUGUAAUCAUCACUUCGAACUCAUGAGUAAUAUAACUUCAUCCGACUCUAAUGGGACUAAGAAUUAUUUCGUGAACUACAACCAGGACAGCACGUCACUAGUCCUCGGCAGUAAAAGCGGUUAUCGUCUCUACUCCCUCAACAACGUCGACGACUUGGAACUUAUCUAUUCCAACGAUGUCGAAGAAACCUACAUGGUGGAACGUCUCUUCAGCAGUAGUCUGGUGGCAACUGUGGCUCUCUCAUCCCCCCGAAAGUUGAAAGUUUGUCAUUUCAAAAAAGGAACGGAAAUAUGCAACUACUCAUACUCGAACACGAUUCUCGCCGUUCGCAUGAACCGGUCGCGCCUUGUCGUCUGUCUCGAAGAAAGCCUCUACAUCCACAACAUCCGCGAUAUGAAAGUCCUCCACACGAUCCGAGACACGCCCCCUAAUCCGCAAGGCCUUUGCGCCUUGAGCAUAAACCACGACAAUUGUCUUUUGGCGUAUCCUGGAUCGGCAACGAUCGGGGAAGUACAGAUUUUCGAUGCCGAUCAUUUGCAUGCUAAAACCAUGAUUCCCGCUCAUGAUAGUCCGCUGGCGGCUCUAGCGUUUAGUCCAAAUGGCACACGAAUUGCCACAGCUUCCGAAAAAGGAACAGUCAUUCGUGUUUUUUCAUCAGCUGAUGGGCAAAAAUUGUACGAAUUUCGACGAGGAGUGAAGCGUUGUGUUGAUAUCUCGUCUUUGGCGUUCAGCACUUGUAGUCAAUUUUUGUGCUGCAGUAGCAAUACGGAAACGGUGCAUGUGUUUAAGUUUGAGGAACCCAAAGAGAGUCCGAAACGUAAUGUGGAGGAGAGUAGUUGGAUGGGUUAUCUUUCGAGUUAUUUGCCAACGCAAGUUACUGAUGUUUUUACGCAAGGGAGGGCUUUCGCAGCGGCGCAUUUGCCCACGCAAGGGUUGAGGAAUGUUAUCUCGAUUAUGACGGCCCAAAACCAGUUGCGAUUGCUUGUGGCGACCGAAGAGGCAAAGUUGUACGUUUACAACUUGGACCCGAACGAAGGUGGCGACCUCACAUUGUACAAACAGCACCGUCUCGACGACUCACGUGACACUCGUGACUCAUCAAAAGGUACAGCUAUGAGCGAACCGCAAAGCAUCGACGGAGGCUCUGCCAUACUAGCUAGCUACGCCGGCAUCGUCAAGGGCAAUCCCGUGGGCCAAAUGUCAGAGUCGGAGAAGUUGAGGGAGAUGGCGGCUGCCACCGAAUCGCCCCCCAAAGGGCCCUUCCACUUCAACGACGACCAGGAAUACCCGCCCUUGACGCAGAAUUCGGACUGAGGUCACGAUACGCUCAAGGACGUCGAUAGGUACCAACUCAUGUUCGGGCUGGUUCUGCUGAUUCAUUUCGUCGUCAGGAUUAGCGAGGAUUUGAUUUUCUAUCUGUUCAAUUUGAACGGAUGAUUCAUUUUAUUUCUAAUUAACUUAGUUUUUUUAAAUUUGUAUUCAAGUAUUGUCAUUUGUUGCGGGCAAAAAUUCAUAUCAAUUGACUCUAUUUUUAUUUAGUGAAUUAAAGGACACAGUUAGGUAAAAUGUCAUGGUAGUAUUUACUUUGAGUGUGCUCAGAGUGAAACUGCCGGAAAAUGUCUAAUUUAUUCUGAAAUACUGUAAUGAUUAAGCCACGGUUUGCCCCUUAUUUUCGAUACAUGAGGGAGUGUCUGACUUGUUACAGUAGGUUUUUUUCCAAUUAUUUGCGCACAUUGUGCUGUGUACAUACAUAGUUUUAGGAGUGCUAGUGUGUUUAUAUGAAACGAGUAAAAUCUGUGACUAGAAAAUUGUAAAGUGGACGAAUGCUGUGUGAUAAAUAAUAAUCAUUUCAUGGAUAAACUUGUUUUUAUUGAGUUAUGUACGACGGUUAUUUUUAAAAAUUUAUCACCGUACAAUAGAACAUUAAAAUAAUAAAACAAGA